CACCACCCUACCUCGCGUACCACACCGUCCGGGCACACAAUCGGAGUUGGGAUGCGUGCAAAAAUCACGCCAUUUACCGCAGCACCCCGUACCUUUCGAUGGCACUCUCCUCCAACUCACGGUACGCUUCGACGCAGAACCUGUCCGACACGUACGUCCAGUUGCCGGGUGCCUAUUCUCCGCUCUACAGUCCCUCGAUGGCGAGUCUUUGCUCCUCGUACGAACCACCACCACCGCCACCGCUGAGACCACGGCCGAAGGCACCUCAGGCGGCACCGGGGGCAGCGCCGGGUUCCUGUGGAUCAUCGGCACUCUUCGCACGCUCCCGUUCGGACGAUAACAUUCUGAAUUCGUGCGAAAGUGCUCCGAAAAUCCGUCGACAGCCACCACCACCACCGCCACCGCCAUACGAAAGCAAGAAAGCGAUCCGGAAGCCACCGUUACCAUUGCCACCGAGUGCCGUGGUGCCGCAGCAGCAGCAGCAGCAGCAGCCAUCGGCGCUGGUGCUUGGGCCACUCAAGCCACCGCAACCAACACCACCAUCAUCGUCCUCAGCAUCAUCAUCAUCACAGCAGUCACCGUCGGUGUACUUCAACAGUCCAGCGGAACGGCCACCAGAAGUGCCUGCGAAACCAACACCACCGAAACCGUGUGGUCCGAGUGCGAAGCUGCAGGCCCAGAUCAAGAAGCAGUACCCGGACUUUGAUCUUAGCACGCUAACGUCAACGACGGGGACGACAACGACGUCUGGUAGCUCGACGGCGGAUCGUACCUCGAUCGACAUCAAGACGCUGCGCGAGAAAAGCAAACAUCUCGAUCUGCCCCUCAUCUCGGCCCUCAUGCACGAUCGGUCGCUGCUCAAGCAAACGCGUGCCUUCGUCAUGCCGAAGCAUCCCUCGUCGAAGCACUCCUCACCGGGCACGGGCACGUCCAACAGCAACGUCAGCGCGUCCAACGUCGGUGGAUCACCGCCAUCGAUGAACGGUGGUGCCGGUACGCCGGAACAUGGCAGUAUGAGUAACGGUGGUGGCGGCACCACAGGUGGCCAGUCGUCACCCAAGUCCAAGUAUCCGGUGUCGGGCCUUUCGACGACACAGCUCGCCAAACCACGCAAAACCUCCGCCAGCCAUCGGCAUCCGAACGAUAAGCUGCCCCCGUUACCGGGCCAGACGGCCGAGGGUAACAACUACGUCAUGGAUCCGACCCCAACACCGAUCAAGCAGAAGAGCUUCAGUCAGUCCUCCCAACCCAGUGCCUAGGCAGACAGGCUGCUGGAUGCCCCCCACUCCACGCCACCCAACAACCCACCGAGAACGCUCUCUGUCUUUCCUUCCCCCUUUUUUUUUUAUUAAUAAUAAAGCCUCUCUCUCUCUUUCUCUGUCUCUCUAUGAGGCAAGAAUAUUCGGAUAGGACACACGCAAACUACUCAGGACAACAACAGCGACGGCAACAAUGCCACUAAUCUCGUUUCACUUCCCUUCCCCAGAUGCUGCUCGAUAGUUCGUAGUUAAGUAAUUAAUAUUGUAUUCAUCCUGAGGGGGAGGGGAACGUGGACGAAGGGUGUGCGCCCGCGAGAGGGAGAGAGAGAGAGAGAGAAAAAGAGAGAAAAUAGUAGCGAUGAAAGGACGUUUUUAUAAAACUUUUAAUGGAUAGUAUUUUAACUAUGGCUUGUACAUACCUAUACAGAUAGCUAUAUGAUACGCAGAUAGACUGUAGUGGUAGAAGAGAAACAGAGAAGCAGAACAGAGCAGAGAAGCAGAGGGCAUAAGGGGCAGUUAAGGGAGAAGAGAUACUUUCGGAAAGCGAAGUAGGGACGGACUCGACCUCGAAAUCGAACCUAACCGUUCGGUGGCGGGAUUACGAGGUGACCGGAAUCAUCAAACAACUUGAAUGCUGCCGGAGUACAGGGCACACACACAAAACAUCCACAUACACACAUACACACCCACACAAAAUACACAAAACAAAGGAGGGACAAGACUAAUUCGCCUUAGGAGAAGAAACUCUGUAGGAAGACAAUAGGCACGACGGUGUUUAGCAGAAAAUGAGAAAGGUUGCUUUGCAAGGAUUCGACGUUUUGGCAUCUGUUCCAUAUCAAUUUAUCGAAAUCGAUUUAAACACAUUUUUGGGCUUAGAAUUAGACCAACCAUUCGCCCCUUUCGGACACUAAAUUACGCGCAUUCAUCAUCUCACUCAUUCCAACGUAAUUCCGCAAACGGGGGGGGCAAACCAUAUGAUACGAAUUGCUCAAACCCGAUAACUAAUUUAUCGGUGUAGCAUUAGGAGACGAAAAGCGUUUGUCGGUGUUGAUGCGUAAGCGUAUGUGUGCCACCUUCUUUCUCGCGCGAGCUUCUUCGGUCUUGUAUAGCAUAUGGUAAGGGACUACAGAGUUAGUUUUGGCGUUUAAGCUAUAGUGACAAGCAACAAUACGGGAAAACUCUCUCUCUCUCUCUCUCUCUCUCCCUCCCUCUCUCACUCUCUCUGUCUCUGUCUCUCUAUCUCUCCGUUUUAGUAGGUGGGGGUUUCCAUCUUCAUCCAUUCCUAAGGCAGGUUCUAGUGUUUAGUGUUUGGCAGAGUCGCCGAAUUAUUCGAUUCGAUACCGAGGGGAUUCGAGCAGCGGAUAAAGAUUAGUGGUAGUA